AUGGCAUCAACUCAACUCCAUACCCCACCACAAGCACCCCCCACCUUCACCUUAACCUCAACCGCAAUCAUCGAGUCCAUAACUCGACUAAUCCAAGCCUCAAAGCAAGCUCAUCACAACCUCACCAAUGCUGUUACCGUUCAGUCCGCAACGUUUGCCAAAGUGCUCCUCCCCCUCGCCCACGCAGAGAACGCUCUACUUUCAGAGUCAAACCUUUUGAUCUUCUACGAUUCCGUCUCUACAGACAAACAGGUUCGCGAUGCCUCCAGCAAAGCUCGGAGUAUGCUGCGAGACUAUCAAACUGAGGCAUCAAUGGACGAAGACGUCUUCAGACUCGUCGACGCCGUAUAUAAUACCACGGCCAAUGAGUCACUUACCGCGGAGCAACGCAACUUUCUGAACAAAAAGCACAAAGAAUUCGUCAAAAACGGCCUGAGAAUUCCUCCUGGACCCAAACGAGAGCGGUUUAAGCAUAUCCGCAGUCGCAUCGACACUCUCACUUCCCAAUUCUCAAAGAACCUGGCAGAGGAUAAGACGGCAGUAUACUUUCACCCUGACGAACUCGCGGGGUUCCCUAAGGAUAGUUUAUCACAGCUCGAGAAGGGACAACCUGGGACUGAUAACGAGGGGAAAGUAAAGGUUGAGAUUCCAAUGGACUUGGCUGCGCUCCUCCGGACCACCAAGAGCCCUUCCACUAGGAAGCGCGCCAGACUAGCGUUCGACAACCGCUGUCCCGCAAACAUCGCCGUGUUUAGCGAAGUCGUAAGUCUCCGCCAUGAAGCCGCGCAACUUCUCGGCUACCCGAACCACGCAACUCUCAGCAUCGAAGAUAAAAUGGCCGAGACGCCCGCUCGAGUGAACGCCUUCCUCGCAUCCCUCCGCUCGAAACUAACAGAUUGUGGGAAGCAGGAGGCAGAAACCCUGCUGCUGCUCAAGACACACGAUGUCGAAGCGAGAGGGGAAGACUUCGACGGGCGAUUCUUCACCUGGGAUGUCCCAUUCUAUGACAAUCUGCUUCUGCAAAAGGAGUACUCCGUCGAUCACGCAAAGAUAUCAGAGUACUUCCCACUGCAGUCCACGGUGGAAGGCAUGCUGAGCACCUUCGAGCACCUCUUCGGCAUCGUAUUCCACGAGAUCCACGACGCAGAGCGAGCUUCCCUGUCACUGACAGGAAAAGGAGAGGACCUCCUCUGGAAUCCUGACGUACAGCUCUUCGCAGCCUGGGACUCCCCUUCCGAAGGUGGUGAAUUUCUAGGAUACAUCUACCUAGACCUCUACCACCGCGAUGGAAAAUCCAGAAACCCAGCAAACUUCAGUCUCGUCCCCGGCUUCACAAAACCAGACGGGAAAAGGGUAUACCCCUCAACAGCCCUAAUCUGCAGCUUCCCCAAACCGACAUCCGCAAAACCGACGCUCCUGCGGCACCCAGACGUCGUGAUCCUGUUCCACGAGCUAGGCCACGGGAUCCACGACCUCGUCUCGCGGACGCAAUAUGCGCGCUUCCACGGACCAAUGGGCACCGUCGUCGACUUUGGCGAGGCGCCCAGCCAGGUCCUCGAGAACUGGUGCUGGACGCCCUCGCAACUUACUUCGCUGAGCAAACAUUACUCCCAUCUCUCGGACAAAUACCUCUCCGCGUGGCGGGCGACGUCCGGGGGCGCUGCGCAGCAGCCGGCGGAGGAGUUGCCGCGGGACAUGGUUGAUAGUCUGCUGAGGGCGAGACACGUCGGCCAAGCGUUGAGCACGCUGCACCAGUUGUUCAUGGGCGUGUUUGACAUGGCUGUCCACAAGCCGGGGGAUGAUUUUGAAAGCGUGGAUUUCACCGCGUUGUGGACUGCGCUGAGACGGGAGAUCGUGCCUACGCAGGACCCGUUUGUGCUCGGGGAGGGCGAUAAAUGGGGACAUGGGUAUACUAACAUUACGCACUUUAUAAAGGAGUAUGAUGCUGGGUUUUACAGUUAUUUAUUCUCGAAAGUGUAUGCGCAGGACAUCUUUUCAACCAUUUUCGAACAGGAUCCGAUGAGCGCUGAGGCUGGGAGGAAGUAUCGGUAUGGUGUGCUUGAAAAAGGAGGAAGUCAGCCCGAGAUGACGACUUUGAUGGAGUUUCUGGGCAGAGAGGCAAAAAUGGAGCCGUUUUACGAGGAUUUAGGGCUCGUUGUUUAA